AUGAUAUUCUCAUUCCACUCCACCAUCUUCGUAUCCCUUCUUCCAAUCCUCGUCACAUCCUCAUUCGACGAAGAUUUGAUCAUCGAACGACGACCUCACCAUGUGGAUUGGGAGGAUCUUUUCAUGGAAUACAAUCGGUACAGUGCUCCAAACCGAAAUAAGCAACAAGUGAAUAUCACUCUCGAAGUCGUUGGUAUCCGAAAAGACAAAGUGUUGUUUGAGUUGACUCAGGACUGGAGGGACGAGCGGUUACGAUUCGUGGGGGUGGCACGUGUUCCGGUCCCUUCUCACAUUCAACCAUGGUAUCCUGACACCUACAUUCGUAAUGGGUGGGAUGUAGUGGUGGAGCAGAAGAGUUUAGAGUUGAACUACGAUGGAACAUUCCAGUUCCGGCAGAAAUAUCAAACAGCAGUUGAUUUCGAUGAAAACGGAAAGGAAUUAACACUAGUGAUUUCGUCAUUCAACAAUUACGGAACCGAGCGGAUUCAUUAUAAUCUAGUUGACUCAAAAGUUGAUCUAUCCACCCACACUCACAUCACUUCUAAACAAGUUCUUCGGAAAUCAGAUAACCUUCAUUUCGAUGAUAUUUAUAUUACAAUCCAUCCAAAUCCCAUUGACUCUAUUAUCAGUAGUAAUUCUACAUUCUAG